AUGGCAAACAGGCUACCUGCCGUUGUUAUUGACAAUGGUACCGGUUACACAAAGAUGGGUUAUGCAGGGAACACAGAACCUCAAUUCAUCAUUCCAUCAGCCAUUGCUAUCAAGGAAACAGCAAGUGUAGGGGACACAAAUCAAAAGAGGCUGGGGAAGGGAGUGGAAGAUUUAGAUUUUUUCAUCGGUGAUGAAGCCAUCAAUCUCCCAUCUUAUGCCACAAAGUGGCCCAUUCGUCAUGGCAUCAUUGAAGAUUGGGAUCUGAUGGAACGGUUUUAUGAGCAGGCUAUCUUCAAAUACCUUAGGGCUGAGCCUGAAGACCAUUAUUUUCUUCUAACAGAGCCUCCACUGAACACCCCAGAAAACAGAGAGUACACUGCUGAAAUAAUGUUUGAGUCUUUCAACAUUCCAGGACUAUAUAUAGCUGUACAGGCUGUGUUAGCUCUGACUGCCUCUUGGACCUCCCGCCAGGUCGGGGAUCGAACCCUCACCGGGACUGUUAUUGACUCCGGAGAUGGUGUUACUCAUGUCAUUCCGGUGGCCGAGGGCUAUGUGAUAGGCAGCUGCAUCAAACACAUCCCCAUCGCAGGCAGAGAUAUCACAUACUUCAUCCAGCAGCUACUGAGAGAGAGGGAGGUGGGAAUCCCACCCGAGCAGUCCCUAGAAACUGCAAAAGCCAUUAAGGAACGAUUUAGUUACGUCUGUCCAGAUGUGGCAAAAGAGUUUGCAAAGUACGAUUCAGAUCCAGGGAAGUGGUUGAAGAAGUAUGAAGGCAUCAACGCUGUGACCAAGAACCAGUUUAGUGUGGACGUUGGCUACGAGAGAUUUUUAGGCCCAGAGAUUUUUUUCCACCCUGAGUUUUCAAAUCCAGACUUUGAAUCUCCAAUCUCUGAAGUAGUUGAUGAUGUCAUUCAGAACUGUCCUAUUGAUGUUAGAAGAGGCCUUUAUAAGAAUAUUGUACUGUCCGGAGGAUCAACCAUGUUCCGAGAUUUUGGCAGGAAAAUUCAGCGUGAUGUCAAACGAAUUGUUGAUGCUCGUCUGAAAGUCAGCGAAGACCUGAGCGCUGGUCGCAUCAAGCCCAAGCCCAUUGAUGUCAAUGUGGUCUCACAUCACAUGCAGAGGUAUGCAGUCUGGUUUGGAGGUUCCAUGCUGGCUUCAACUCCCGAGUUCUACCAGGUGUGUCACACAAAGGCAGACUACGAUGAGUAUGGGCCCAGCAUAUGUCGUCACAACCCAGUAUUUGGUGUCAUGGCGUAA